AUGAGGAGACGACUGCGCCGGCGAAGGUACUGCGCUGUCUCCAUUCGUCCCGUGUUAUCGGUGCUACUGCUGUUUCUGGUGAUUGUACUGGUAUGGCAUAACGAGGUGUCAAACCGUAAAGGUACGACCAACGGAGAGCCGGAACAUGAGGUCAAUGGUGAAAAGGAAAAAGCUGAGCACAAAGAUCAAGAACAAUAUAAGCAGCAACUACAUGAUCAAUCCUCGUUAAAUGAUAUGUUCCUUUUAAGAGCGCAGGAAAUCCUUAAUGGUAAUCAAAAUAUUGGGGAAAAUUUAGAUGUUCAACUGUUUAUCAUCUGGAAGGAUGCACACAUGUAUCGACGGGCUAUUCUACAUGAUAUUGAGAAAAGUUUCUUGGUGCUGGACCUUGCAGAAUUUGACUGGGGAAGCCCACCGAAGGAGUUUGACCGGUUUUUGGAGAACCUAUGGGUGCUGUAUAGUGGUAAGGGAGGUUGGAAGAAAGAUGGAAUGGUAAAAAAGGUUCGACAGUGUGGUUUUGGAAAAUUUAUUGCUGUUAUUGUGGCUGAUAUGAACCCUCGCUAUGCGAAGAAGCGAACGGCACAUGGGAUUGAUACUGUUAGUGUAGUAAUGCACAGAAAGAAAAAUUUAUACCGUGAGUGGUCAGGAGGUGGAUUCAGGGUACACGGAACAUUCUCAACACAAGAAGCGAAUCACGAUAUUCGUGUCUUAUUUCAUAAGACUUUAGAGGAUGUACUACAAUCUGCAGUCGAGAGACAUGUAUACACCCAUUCUCUUGUGUCGAAGUAUCUCGACAAUCCCACACACUUCGCAACAACACAAGUUGUGUACGGCUCUACCCACACUCAGAAUGGUUUGUUGCAGGAACAUGUUGAAGAAGAGCAGAAAAAGCAGAACCAACAAAAACACGGUACUUGGCAAUGUACAUCAUUUCUUUUUGCAUUAGGUUCAUUGACACAAGUUCGUGUGACAGAUUGGGAGACAAAUGCUAUGUUGUGGUCCCGACGGAGUUCAUCAGUUGGACGGCCGCUCGCAGUGGAAGAGGAGAAGGUUAUGUCGUGCACCUUGUGGCCAAAGAACUUGAGCAUCUACGUGCCAACCUUAGAGAUCUGGGGCCUUAUCGCAUUGUUGCGUGCCAAACCAAUGCCACUAGAGACUGUAACCUUGGAUAGUGUUUUUACCAUUGAGCUGGAGGGAUCUCUGCGAGUACUGAAAUUUAAGGUGUAUAAUUGA